CUCGACAGUGAAAGUGUCGGCCACUCCGUAACCACGUUAUGUCACCAGCGGCACAGCGGCGCACAGUCGCAGCCCGACUAUGCCGACGCGCGCGCACCUCUGACACACCGGAAACUGUCGCUCAGUCCGUUAACUGACAAAGUUUAAAACAUUCCAAAAAAGCAUGUGCUUGUGUCUCAAAAAAAUUACAAAAUGUCUCCCAUAGUGCUAAUCAAUAUUAUCCUACUGAGUGCUCAUUCGGUUAUCGGUGCCGUUCCUGAAAUAGAAAAUGCGCGCGAGGAAAAGCUGCGAAGCGGCCUGAUAGACGCUUUUCAGAACAUCAAAAAAGCUUCGUCUAAAGGCGGUGACGAUGAUUUAAGUUCGGACCUAAUCGGAUCUAUGAUCCCUUUACCGAGUCCGAGUAAAAACGAUAAAUUUACCACCGACGACAGUUUCGAUCUAUUCGCCGACGAUGACGGCUUGACUUUUUCCGAAGCCUUCGGAAAUGUGGAAACUGAAAAGAGGGUUUCCACUACGGAAAAAUCGCACAACGUUCAGCAUAUAGUGAAAACUACUAGACAGGUGGAGAAAACGACUACGAAACCGAGUAAUAUAAUAGGCAAGUUGGCCGAUUCAAUACGAAAUACGGUAAACGAAAGUAGAAUGCAAAUGGCAAUGGUUUCUAAUGAUACGAAUCUUUUGGGCCUCGAGAGUAUGUUGCGUGUGUUGGAUGCUGAGAUCUUGGUGCAACAGUGGGGGGAACUGCAGAACACUGUAGACGGACAAUGCAAGGAAGACAUGCAGGAGUAUGUGGAAGGAUUGCAGGACAAACUUCUUUGGGCAUUGAAAAUGGAGGACGCUAGCGGGCGCUACACGUCCAUGUUCUACUGGGGAAACAACUACUGGACGGGCUCAGCCGAGCUGUGCGCCAUCCUCAACGAAUUGCAUGCGCCAUCUAAAAACCACAAUCGCAGCGGCGGGUCGCAAAUCUUCAGCGAGUGGCGCCAGGACGUGUCGGUGACGGGGCUGGGCCCGCCCUUCGACACGGCCUUCUACAACGUGCGCAUGAGCGUGUCCACCGACCUACCCGAUAUCGUGCGGACUCGACGCACGCUGCACCUCGGGCUCUGCCUGCCGCGCACAUGCUCGCGCGAGCAAGUGGGGCGGAUGGUGGGCGCCGUGCGUGCUCCGCUGCUGCACCACAAGGUGGUGACCGUGCGCUCGCCGGAGCACGGCGGGUACACCUACCUCGGCGACCCCACCUUCCAAAUCCUUCUAGCAGUGUCAUGCAUAGUGGCCGUGCUGCUGGUGUCGGCGACGGUGUACGACAUGCGGCUCGCCCGCGAGGUGCGCGCGCGCCGGCGUCGUGCGCACAACAUGGCGGUCGCAGAAAGUGGCGCCUCCGACCACAAGCUGGACCUCAACGGACUGGACGCUAUCACCGUCUCGAAAGGCAAAUCGAUGUACAACGUGAACAAUAACAACUCAGAAGAAAGACUAACAGCGGAGACUGCGUCCACUGACGGGGACCUGAAGCUAAGUGUGUGGUCGGAGCUGCUGCUAUCGUUCUCGAUGAAGGCGAACAUCCUGCAGAUCUUCGACCAGUCGGUGGGCUCGGACACGGUGCCCGAGGUGCACGGACUGCGCUCGCUCUCCAUGGUGUGGAUCAUAUUCGGACACACGUGUAUCGUCGUGUUCAAGUAUGCCGAUAACACAGCUCUCCGAGCAAUCCUGGAGAAGAGUUUCCUGUUCCAACUCAUCAUCAGCGCCGUGUACAGUGUCGACACCUUCUUCUGUUUGGGUGGCAUGCUGGUCACAUUCCUGUACUUCCGGACCAACGCGAAGGGCAAGCUGGACCGCCUCACGAAGGGCCACCGCAAGAUCACCGCCGGCGUGCUGCAGUUCCUGGGUCUCAUCGCAUACCGAUUCGCCAGAUUGACGGCGCCCUACCUCUUCAUGCUAGGUGUGGUGGAAGUGAUCAUGAAAUGGUUUGCGAACAAUGCGGUGUUUGAGCCUCCCGCGAUGGACCAUGAGACAUGCCCCAAGUACUGGUGGAGGAACCUUCUGUAUAUCAACACGCUGUUUCCUGUUGACCAAAUGUGUAUGCUGUGGAGUUGGUACUUGUCGGAUGACACUCAAUUCUACGCAGUCAGCGCGAUUCUUCUCAUAUUAGCAACGAGCCACUUCAAACUAUCGGCAGUGCUGACCGGCCUGUUCUUCCUGUCGUCUCUCGUGACGACGGGCUUCGUGUCCUACAGCAGCGAGCACAUCCCUAACAGCGAGGACCCCUUCACACAGUUCGACAAGAUCUACGACAAGCCCUGGACGAGGCUGGGGCCCUAUCUGGUGGGAAUGGCCACUGGGUGGAUACUUUUUAAGACGAAUUUGAAAAUCAAGAUGGGCAUGGUGUGGGCAUGCGUGGGCUGGGCGGUUUGCACGGCGACCUUCCUGUUCCUGAUCUUCGGGCUUUACAAAACGGAGCUGGACGUGGUUUCGGCGGCCGUGUACAGCGCGCUGUCGCACUCUCUGUGGGCCGCCUGCGUAGCCUGGGUCAUCAUCGCCUGCUCCACGGGACAUGGAGGCUGGGUGCGCGGGCUGCUGUCGGCGCCGGUGCUGUACCCGUUCUCGCGCGUGACGUACUGCGCCUACCUGGUGCACCCCGUGGUGCUGCGCUACGUGGCCAUGCACCUGACACACCCCAUCCAUCUGGGGGAGCUGCUUGUUUUCGUGCUGUUCCUGGGGCUAACUGUGAUAUCGUAUUUCCUUGCGUUCGUGAUCUCGGUGGCGUUUGAGGCGCCCAUCGUCACCAUGCUGAAGAUCCUCUCGCCGCAGAAGAAGCCGCACAGAGUGUGACCACAUAUUGGUACAAACGUUUGUUCAAACAUGCAUAAUUAAGCCACAAAGACUCAUAGAAAUACUGUCUAUACGUGUAGACUAAUCAAGAGGGUGAAAAUAUUUACCCUUUUUUCACCAAAAUUGAAUUUUACGUAGGUAACUUUAGACUCUUCUUUCUCUUUCGACUGAAUCUAAAUUUUGAACUUUCGGUUUAGUGUGACUACACUACUGGAUUUGAAACUAUGAUACUAUAGAUGAUGGUAGAAUUUUAUCACACUGGGAACAUAUCUCCAUCCAUUUUAUACACAAAUAACAGUACAAAGUAUGUUUUUAGUUCCCGGUAAUGAACCAGAAGAAAUCAAAGGAGACAUGUUAUAAUGAGUAUCCAUGUUUGCAGCAUAUCAACGAAUGAUCUACAAUAAAAAAUGGGCAUCUUUUAUUGUAGAUAUGAGCUGAACUCAAAAAGUGCAUCGAUCAUUCAUUCGAUCUCCCACCUGACGGACUAUCACGUACAAACGCACUCCUAUCUCCUAGCAGAGAUGUCUGCAUUUAGUUGGAGGUGAAGUGGCAAUAAUGGUUACGUUUAAAGAUAUAGCUCAUAUUCUUUUUAGAGCAUAUAAUUUUAUUGAGAAAUUAAAGAGCUCUAAAAAUAUUUCAAAUAAACAAAUAGGUAGGUAUAUUGUAAUUAAAUUACAGAAGACUCAAAAACUUUGGAAGUAUUACUUACUAUAAUGACCACGGUUCAAAUUAGGUAAGUAAGAUGACUGUGCGGUUUAUUUUUAUCUCGAAACGUAGAUUUAUUGAGUAGAUUAAACUACGGUUCGUUUAAUGAUAAACAUAAUUUUACUAACUUCAAUGAGCUAUCUUUUUAAUUUGAGGACAUAACACUUUUGUGAUAGUUAAUAAAUUAUUAUUAAUAAAGUAUUAACCGUUUUUUAAACAUAGAUAAUGUUAUACCACUUAUGCAACAUAAACCUCGUGAAAUGCAAUUUCGCAAUUCAAGUAGAACCUACUCAAUCAGUAGUGAACCGACUCCAAGCACCGCUCCGAACGGUAGUUGGUCUUUUAGGAUUUUUUUCACUCUCAUUUAUUUAUUUGUCUUUUUUAAAUUUUUAAUAAUGUUAAAAUGUAAUUAUUAAAAUGUUAUAAAAAAAAAUCCAUCCUCCCGCUGCGGGCCAUUUGAGUGUCCAAGCAACCGGCGGUCAGGGCUCCAGGGCUGAAUGACGAACUUCCUCAGUUCCUCACAAUACACGCCGUCUCUCAAGAAUCACUGCCUUCUGAAUCCGACUCUUGAUCCAACAGUUAUGUGCAAACUUUUUAAGAUGUUGGUCGAAGCCUUUCGCUAUAAGACCAUUACCUGAAACGACUAUCGGAACAAUAAUAGUUGACUCAACAUUCCACAUGGCGGUAAUCUCGUGAGCAAGGUCAACGUGUAUUUUGAUAAUUUUUUAGGAAAUUAUCAUUACUAUGUGAAGAUAGCCAUGGACUUGCCAUUUGGAAGUUUAUCAAUAGCAUAGCAACUUCGACGACGAAUUAUCGUACCUAAUUAUUUUUUAUUAUUGACCACAAAUUGUUAUCUUGUUAAAUUUCUCAGGUUUGCCAUUUUUUUUUCAAUUUAGAAUAGGUACCUAUUACCAACAGAAAUUGUUUAUUACCAUGUUUCAUACUAGAAGUCCGAGGAUUUUGUUACAUACUGUAUCUGGUACAUUUUACUAGUUUUUUCCAUACCUGCCUAUUGAUUAAGUUGUUGUUUCAAUAAUACAAAAUGAUGUUUAUUUUUACCUAUACAAGUUGGUUACCUAAACAGAAAAUGUAUAAGUGAAUUAAAAUUCACCUAAUUUUCGUUGAAUUUUAUAUUUUUUUUAUUAUUUAAUUAAGUUAUUUUGGUUUUUAUUUUAUGUUUGUUUUACACGGACAUGAUGUUAUUAUUAUUUACAAAUAUAAUAUCAAAUAGAGCCUUAGUUUAACUUAAUGUAAGUUGUCCAAAAAUGUACAUACAGUUGUUAUUAUUAUCUUGUACGCGUAUAUUAUGUAAAUAAGUUGUAAAUAUUUUGUAGUUUUAAGUUUGUACUGAAAUAUUUUUUAUUAAAAAUAUUAUACAAUA